GCCCCCUGAGCUCGGUUGCCAGGCUUGGUGCCCAAAAACCCCCAGACCCCUCUCUCCCGGCAGGGGCGGGACUCUGUGGGUUGCUGUGGCUCCAUGGGCGGUGGCUCCAGGGCUGCUCCAAUCACCGCCCAGCCGAGCGAUGGCGUGGACAAGCCGGGGAAAGUUAGGAAGACCAGGACCAUGGCACCCUCGGGACUUCUCGUGACUGGCGCCUCCUUCGUGGCGUUUCGGGGGCUGCACUGGGGACUGCAGCUUCUGCCCACCCCAGAAUCUGCUGCUCGAGACAGCUGGAAGUGGCGGAACAUCUGCGUCUCGUUGAUGCACAGCCUGCUCACAGGGGCAGGGUCCCUGCUCGGGCUGUUGCUGUAUCCUCAGAUGGCCAUGGACCCAAUUCAUGGCCACCCACCGUGGGCACUGGCACUGGUGGCAAUAUCUGUGGGUUAUUUCUUGGCCGAUGGAACUGACAUGCUGUGGAAUCAGACCUUAGGCCAGACCUGGGACCUUCUCAUUCACCAUUUAAUGGUAGUGAGCUGCCUUAGCAUCGCCGUUCUGUCUGGCCACUACGUGGGCUUCGCUAUGGUGUCUCUGCUCCUGGAGUUGAACUCCAUCUGCUUGCACCUGCGGAAGCUGCUGCUGCUUUCCCACCAGGCCCCAUCCUUGGCCUUUAGGGUGACCAGCUGGGCCACCCUGACCACCCUAGCCCUCUUCCGCCUGGUACCUCUGGGAUGGAUGAGUCUGUGGCUGUUCAGGCAGCGCCAUCAGUUGCCUCUUGCUUUGAUCAUCCUUAGUGGAGCUGGGCUGGUCACUGUGGGUGCCAUGAGCAUGUCAACAGGUUUCCACAUUUUGGUCAGUGAUGUCUUACAGCCUCGGCCCCACUCACCUAUUCUUGGGCACAAGGAGACUCGGGGUUCCAGGAUAUAUUGUGGUGGCCAGCCUGUCAUCAAGGAUGAUUCCGGUCAAAGGAGCUAGAGAGAUGGCAAUUUCCUCUUUGCCAGCCCUGGAAGAGGUCUGACUGGCAUGAGGAAAUGGAGGUAUUACAGCUUUGUAUUGCUGGCAGAAAACACCUGAUCAAGCCUGACGUGAUGGUGCAUGCCUUUAAUCCCAGCCUUUGGGAGGCUGAGUUCAAGGCCAGCUUGAGACU